GUAAGUAUUUUCAGGAAAGAAGCACACAAAAAAUUACAACCAAAUAUCUAAUGAACACCUAGAGAACUCACUGAGAAUUGUUACUACUUCCAUGAAUCAAGUAUUAGUUUCUCAAAUACAAAGUCAAAUAUCACUCAAAUACCACUAGUUUUAUGAUGCCCACUAUUCUUUUACUUUUAUAAUCAAAAAUAUCAACAAAAGGCUUGGGGCGCCUGUAGCUCAGUGGCUAUGGCACCAGCCACAUACACGAGGGCUGGCGGGUUUGAACCAGGCCUGGGCCAGCCAAACAAUGACAACUACAACCAAAAAGUAGCAAAGAGUUGCGGUGGGCAUCUUGCAGUCCCAGCUACUCUGGAAGCUGAGGCAAGAGAAUCGUUUAAGCCGAAGAGUUUAAGGUUGCUGUGAGCUAUGACUCUACAGUACUCUACUGAGGGUGACAUAGUCAGAGUCUGUGUCAAAAAAAAAAAAAAUCAAAAAAAGCCACCAAAGACUUUUAUUAUUUAGAUAUGUACAUUUUCUAUAUUAGUGAUCACAAACUUGGGAUCUGCUCAACAAUUUUAAGACUCUCUGAACCUUAGCUGCAAAACUAGAAUUGUUAUGUGAGAAUAUUUUUGCCUAUCCUGUGGUGGCAAUGUCACGAAAAUUAUGCACACCGUUUUCUUGCCCAUCAGCUUUCCUUAAUGUGUAUAAGACAAUUCUACUUCCAGGGAACCCAAAAGGCUGGACACCCCUGACAUGCACCCUACUAACACUCUCUGAGGAUGGUGGUGGCUGACAGAAAUCCAGAAGGGGAGGUUUAGACUGGAAGUGAACUCCACUUGGCACCCGCUGGAUUAGUGAUCAUUCUCAUUGCCUUCUCACAGGAUUUGGAGAAACCUGAGACACGCUUUGCAAGGCGCUGAGAUGCCAUUGAGAAGGGAAACGCCAGCCUCCACACAUCACCUUCACUGCACACGAGAAGCAAUAGGCUUCGCGCGGCUCCAACUGCGAAAAUGGCCUCCGCCUCAAUAGUCUGGGAGUAGCGCCUCUGGUAUUUCCUAGUCCCUGGGGACUCAGAGUUGAAGAUGGCGCCUGUGGCAGAAUUACAAACGUGGAAGGGGGCAUUAGGUGUAGAAAAAGAUGACGUUUUACCUUUGUUUUGUUUCAACACAUAGUUGAACACUCAGCUCUAGACGAACUGAUCUUGACUGAGUCAAUGCUUUACAUUCUCAGUGCUCUCCAUCAAGCUGAGAUAUGCCCACUGCUGAAAGUGAAGCAAAAGUAAAAACCAAAGUUCGCUUUGAAGAACUACUAAAGAUGCACAAUGACCUAAUACAAGAAAGGAAAAAACUGAAGAAAAAACUUGUCAAAUCUAGAGAAAACAUCUCACUUGGCCCUGUUAAAAAGAAUUUUAAGAAUAUUAAAGAAACUACAAAUAAUGAUGAAAGUGCAGCUAACACUGAUAACCAAGAGAAGACCUUGCAAAUCACUAAAAAUAAACUGAGGAAUACACACUCAGCAACUGAAAAUCCAAAUGAUGAUGUUAGUAUAGUGGAAGACAAGCACGGAAAGCCAAAUAAAAAGGUAAUGAAGACAGUGUCCCAGGUGACAGCACAAGAAAUGGAACCAGGGACCCCUGAGAAGAAGGUGCAAUCUACACAUCAGAAAGCACGUACAAAGUCAUGGCCAGGUGUGGAUCAUCAGGAAAUUGAGAAGGCAAAUGAGGAAAGAGAAAACAAUAAUUUAGAGGAAGAAGAUGAACUAAUGCAAGCAUAUCAGCUCCAAGUAGCUGAAGAAAUGGCAAAGGAGAUUAAGAAGAAAAUUAGAAAGAAACUGAAAGAACAGUUGACUUACUUUCCCUCAGAUACUUUAUCACAUGAUGACAAAUUAAACAGUGACAAAAGAAAAAAGAAAAAAAAGAAAGUUCCAAUUCUGUCCAAAGAUGAAACAAGUACAUUGACUGUCUCUGAUGACAUAGUCGAAGAUGAACAAAAGAAAGAAUCUCCAGUUGGAGCAGUUACUUCAGAUCCUCAUCAAGAUGAUGAAAUAAGUGCAAGGGAACAAAAUGUGUCUGACAACAAGCAAGAUAACACAAAAUCUAAACCAAAAAAGAUAAAAAAGAAGGCUAAAGCAGUUCCUGAUGAUAAUGAAGAUAGUGAUGGUGUUCAUGAAAUCACAAGCCGGGACAGUCCAGUUUAUCCCAAAUGUUUGCUCGAUGAUAACCUUGUCUUGGGAGUCUACAUUCAUCGAACUGAUCGGCUUAAGUCAGAUUUUAUGAUUUCUCAUCCAAUGGUAAAAAUUCAUGUGGUUGAUGAGUAUACUGGUCAGUAUGUCAAGAAAGAUGAUAGUGAACGGCCUGUGUCAUCUUACUAUGAAAAAGAGAGUGUGGAUUAUAUUCUUCCUAUUAUGACCCAACCAUAUGAUUUUAAGCAAUUAAAAUCAAGACUUCCAGAGUGGGAAGAACAAAUUGUAUUUAAUGAAAGUUUUUCAUAUUUGCUUCGAGAUUUUGAUGAGAGUCCUAAAGUCAUCUUGUUCUUUGAGAUUCUUGAUUUCUUAAGUAUGGAAGAAAUUAAGAAUAACUCUGAGAUUCAAAAUCAAGAAUGUGGCUUUAAGAAAAUUGCCUGGGCAUUUCUUAAGCUUUUGGGAGCCAAUGGCAAUGCCAACAUCAAUUCAAAACUUCGCUUACAGCUAUAUUACCCACCUACUAAGCCUCGAUCCCAAUCAAAUGUUACUGAGGUUUUUGAAUGGUGGUCAAAAUGUCCAAGAAAUCGUUAUCCAUCAACAUUGUAUGUAACUGUAAGAGGACUGAAAGUUCCAGACUGUAUCAAGCCAUCUUACCGCUCUAUGAUGGCCCUUCAGGAGGAAAAACCGGUGUAUUGUGAACAACACCAUGAGUCAAGUUCAAUAGACUCAGAACCUGGAUUAGAAGAUUCAAAGGAAGUAAUAAAGUGGAACCGACUGCCAGGGCAGGCUUGCCGUAUCCCAAACAAGCACCUCUUCUCACUAAAUGCAGGAGAACGAGGAUGUUUUUGUCUUGAUUUCUCCCACAAUGGAAGAAUAUUAGCAGCAGCCUGUGCUAGCCGGGAUGGAUAUCCAAUUAUUUUAUAUGAAAUUCCUUCUGGACGUUUCAUGAGAGAAUUAUGUGGCCAUCUCAAUAUCAUUUAUGAUCUUUGCUGGUCAAAAGAUGAUCGCUAUAUUCUUACAUCAUCAUCUGAUGGCACUGCCAGGAUAUGGAAAAAUGAAAUAAACAAUACAAAUACUUUCAGAGUUUUACCACAUCCUUCAUUUGUUUACACGGCUAAAUUCCAUCCAGCUAUGAAAGAGCUGGUGGUUACAGGAUGCUAUGAUUCUAUGAUACGGAUAUGGAAAGUUGAUAUGAGAGAGGAUUCUGCUAUACUAGUCCGACAGUUUGACGUUCACAAAAGUUUUAUCAACUCACUCUGUUUUGAUACUGAAGGUCAUCACAUGUAUUCAGGAGACUGCACAGGGGUGAUUACUGUUUGGAAUACCUAUGUAAAAGUUAAUGAUUUGCAACAUUCAGUGCGACACUGGUCUAUAAAUAAGGAAAUUAAAGAAACUGAGUUCAAGGGGGUCCCAAUAAGUUAUCUGGAGGUUCAUCCCAAUGGAAAACGUUUGUUAAUCCAUACCAAAGACAGUACUUUGAGAAUUAUGGAUCUCCGGAUAUUAGCAGCAAGGAAAUUUGUAGGUGCAGCAAAUUACCGGGAGAAGAUUCAUAGUACUUUGACACCAUGUGGGACUUUUCUCUUUGCUGGAAGUGAGGAUGGUAUAGUGUAUGUUUGGAAUCCAGAAACAGGAGAACAAGUAGCCAUGUAUUCUGACCUGCCAUUUAAGUCACCCAUUCGAGACAUUUCUUAUCAUCCAUUUGAAAAUAUGGUUGCAUUUUGUGCAUUUGGGCAGAAUGAACCGAUUCUUCUGUAUAUUUAUGAUUUUCGUGUAGCCCAGCAAGAGGCUGAAAUGUUCAAAUGCUACAAUGGAACAUUUCCAUUACCUGGAAUACACCAAAGUCAAGAUGCCUUAUGCACCUGUCCUAAGCUGCCCCAUCAAGGCUCUUUUCAGAUUGAUGAAUUCAUCCACACUGAAAAUUCUUCAACAAAGAUGCACCUAGUGAAACAGAGAUUGGAAACUGUCACAGAGGUGAUACGAUCAUGUACUGCAAAAGUCAACAAAAAUCUCUCGUUUACUUCACCAUCACCAGCCUCCUCACAACAGUCUAAGUUAAAACAGUCAAACAUGCUGACCACUCAAGGACUUUUGCAUCAGCUUGAUUUCACUGAAACAGGAAUUAUUGGCAUAAAAAGAAAGCCUUGUAACUAUCAAAUAGAUACAGCACCAACGGUAGUGGCUCUUUAUGACUACACAGCGAAUCGAUCAGAUGAACUAACCAUCCAUCGCGGAGACAUUAUCCGAGUGUUUUUCAAAGAUAAUGAAGACUGGUGGUAUGGCAGCAUAGGAAAGGGACAGGAAGGUUAUUUUCCAGCUAAUCAUGUGGCUAGUGAAACACUUUAUCAAGAACUGCCUCCAGCGAUAAAGGAGCGAUCUCCUCCUUUAAGCCCCAAGGAAAAAACCAAAAUGAAAAAGCCUUCAGCUCCUCAAAAGCAGUCAGUCAAUAAGGACAAGUCCCAAGACUUCAGACGGGGCUCAGAAUCUAAGACACAUUCUGAAAUGGGCAAAGAACAGAGCCCUGAGGACCGAGGACACAUAAUGAACUUGCAGAUGAAGAGUGAACAAACAGGCCAAAAAGUUACCCUAACAGAGUAAAGAGCUGAAGAAGAAUGAAGAGACACCCAAAUGCAGAGAUGAAACGACAAAUUAAACUCAAUGGAAUUUCUCUUCAGAGUUCAGAAUUUUCAGAUGCUAAGGAAGAAAGGAAGGAUCCACUUCUUCUCAUUCUUAGGAAAGUCUCUAGAAAAAUCAGAAGCAAGGCAAGUUGUGGGUGGAAAAAUCAAUGUGACCUUUGAACUUAAAUGUUAUACACCAUUGUGAUAGUUGUUGGUCCAAGUAUUGGUACUUAUAUUAUUUACUAAUAUAAGUAAUUAUAUUUGCAUCAAAAUUACCAGUGUUGGAAAACUAACAAAGAAUAAACCAUAACUGCUACUCCACAAGGUGAAUUAAAAGUGUUUGCAUUGUUAGGAUAUCUGUUAAGUAAUUGUUUAAUAUUAUUUUUUCUGUAAUAUGGUUAUAUGUGUGAUGUUAUGCUCAGAAUAUGAAGUGUCUGCUUUUGAAAUUAACUUUAUUUAAAAGAUAAGCAGCUUUAAAAUAUUGUGUAUUCAAAAGGUUCCAGUAUCAAACACAUUAAAAGAAAACAAUUUGCCUUUUUGAAUUAAAAUUUAGUGUUUCUUAAAAAUUAACCAUGUAUAUAACUUGAUACACUUACAUUAAAACAGAUGUUUGGCUGGACUGGCAACAGUGUUCCAAAUUUUUUUACUUUUUAAAAAAGGCACUUCAUAU